AUGGCCCCGCGCUUGUUCUACCCGCUCAUGCGCAAUGCCGCGCGCCGCUGCACCGUUGCCAGCUCGGCCUUUGCGGGCCGCCCGGCGUCGUGGUCGCCCGCUGCCGCCCUGCACAACGGACCGCCGCGCCGCAACACACCGGGCAGCCACUCGCAGACCGACUCGGACAUUGAAAUUCCCUUCCCGCCUGAGGAGGAGCUGCCGAGCGAGCCCGUGCGCCGCGCCGGCGGCCAGUACGUCAAGCCGACGCUGCAGACCUUCUCCCUGGACAGGAACGUGGGCCUCGUCACGGGCGGAGCGCGCGGCCUGGGACUCGUCAUCGCCCAGGGCAUGGUGUACUCGGGCGCUGACGUCGCCCUGGUGGACAUGAACAAGGAGGAGGCUGAGAAGCAGACCAAGAUUCUGGUCGAGGCCUUCAUGCGAGAGAAUCCUAAUGCUGAACGUGUCCCCAAAGUCACCGCUCACUUCUCGGACGUCUCUGACCCUGCCUCUGUCGAUGCUUGCAUCGCCGAAGUCAUUGAGCAGCAUGGCAAGAUCGACAGCCUCGUCACGUCGGCUGGCUUCACCGAAAACUACGAGGCUGUCAACUAUCCCAUUGACCGCCUGCGCAAGCUGUGGGCGGUCAACGUCGACGGCACCUAUCUAUUCGCCACGUCUGUCGCGCGUCAUCUCAUGGAGCGCAAGGCGCCUGGAAGCAUGGUCCUGAUUGGUAGCAUGUCUGGCUCUAUUGUCAACGUGCCCCAGCCUCAGACGCCUUACAACGUCUCCAAGGCUGGUGUGCGUCAUCUCGCGGCUUCCCUUGCAGUUGAGUGGGCUGACGCUAACAUCCGAGUCAACUGUCUGAGCCCUGGAUACAUGAUGACGGCUUUGACUGCGAAGAUUCUUGACGAGAACCCGGAGCUCAAGAAGAAAUGGGUAUCCCUCAUUCCGAUGGGUAAGAUGGGCGAUCCUAGUGAUUUGAUGGGGCCUGUCAUCUUCUUGCUCUCGGAGAACAGCAAGUAUGUCAAUGGGGUUGACUUGCGCGUGGAUGGCGGAUACACUCUCACGUAA